GAAAUGGAGUUCCCUCUCCGGCGGGGUGGCCGACAUGCGGUGCCGGCCCGGCCGCGUCUCCGAUCCCCGGCUAAAACAGCGCAUCAAGCAGUAUCUUGCAAGUAGUAAAUGUGGGGAGUAUGUUGACAUUGGAAUUCUAGCAUCUGAUUUGCAGAAAACCUACAGUGUAGAUUAUGGACGAAGAAAAAGAAAUGCCUUUAGAAUACAAGUUGCAAAAGUGUUUGAAAUAAUCAGCAAUGAAAAGGAGCGUGAAGAUCUGGCAGUUUUGGAAUCUGAACAUGUGGCAAAAAGAGCAAGACAGCAAGAGAAAAAUGACACUACUGGAAGUGGCACAGAUGAUUCUGACUAUGAUGAUUAUCCAGAAGAUCUAUCUACAAAUCACAUGAACAGUUCCCUGCUGAGCUUGUACAAGAAAGGAAAUCCUGAUUCUGUUCCAUCCACUCCAAAAAAUGAGCCAGUGGAGACCUCUCCUCGUGUGAGAACAGCACCUCAAACAAGCACCCUCACACCAGAAUCCAGAGGUGACAGACCAGUCUCUGAUGGUGGCUGGUUCAUUGAUAAAACUCCUGAUGGGAAAGACUUCUUCAUUGACCUUUCUGAGGAUGGAGAAGGAGAGGAAAAGAAACUGAUUUCUGAGAAAUCAACAGACUUUUCUGUCUUGGAGAGUGAAAGAAAGAAGACAAAGGGCAGGAGAGUAAAAAGGAAAAAAGGAGAAUUUCCAGAUGUAGACGGAGAAAUUGAAUCCAUGUUACUUAAGAAAGUGAGAAAUAAGGGGUCAGAGCUUUACCACCCUUCAGUGAAGUUUGAGGAUGUAGGAGGCAAUGAUGAAACAUUAAAGGAAAUCUGCAAGAUGCUCCUUCACAUCCGUCAUCCUGAGGUCUACACCCACUUAGGGGUGGUUCCACCUCGGGGCUUCCUUUUGCAUGGGCCCCCUGGGUGUGGGAAGACACUGCUGGCACAGGCAAUUGCUGGGGAGCUGGAGCUCCCAAUGUUGAAGGUGGCAGCAACAGAGAUUGUGUCUGGAGUGUCAGGGGAAUCUGAGCAGAAACUGAGGGAGCUCUUUGAGCAGGCUGUGUCCAGUGCUCCUUGUGUCCUGUUCAUUGACGAGAUCGAUGCGAUCACCCCCAAGAGAGAGGUUGCAUCCAAGGACAUGGAGAGGAGGAUUGUAGCUCAGUUCCUGACUUGUAUGGAUGACUUGAAUAAUGUGGCUGCCACUACCCAGGUCCUUGUUAUUGGAGCAACAAACAGACCUGACUCCCUGGACCCUGCCCUGAGGAGAGCUGGGAGAUUUGACAGAGAAAUUUGUUUAGGGAUCCCAGAUGAAGGGGCAAGAGAGAAAAUUCUUCAGACUCUGUGUCGCAAGCUGAAGCUCCCGGAGUCGUUUGAGUUCCGCCACUUGGCGCGGCUGACUCCGGGCUACGUGGGGGCUGAUCUGAUGGCCCUGUGCAGGGAGGCAGCCAUGGGCACGGUCAGCAGGGUCCUCAUAACAUCUGAGGAGCACAGGAAUAAGCACACACACUCUGGGGGGAGCACUGCUGAAGGAAGCCCAGGGAUAGGAGCAGACAUCGUGGAGGAAGAGGGCACCAACCAACCAGAACUUCCACCUAAGGAUGAAUUGCAGAGACUUUUGGAUUUGCUGAAGGAGCAAGCCCCCUUGCCUGAGGAGCAGCUGCAGAAGCUGUGCAUUGAGAUGAAUGAUUUUAUUGUUGCACUGUCAUCAGUGCAGCCCUCUGCCAAGAGAGAAGGCUUUGUCACAGUCCCUGAUGUGACAUGGGCAGACAUUGGAGCCCUGGAGGAUGUUCGGGAGGAGCUGACUAUGGCAAUAUUGGCACCUGUGAGAAACCCAGAGCAGUUCAAAGCUCUGGGCCUGACUACUCCAGCUGGUGUCCUGCUUGCAGGGCCUCCAGGGUGUGGCAAAACACUGUUAGCUAAGGCUGUGGCAAACGAGUCUGGACUGAACUUCAUAUCUGUGAAAGGUCCUGAGCUGCUAAAUAUGUACGUGGGUGAAAGUGAGCGUGCCGUACGCCAGGUGUUCCAGCGGGCCCGGAAUUCUGCCCCCUGUGUGAUUUUCUUUGAUGAAGUUGAUGCUUUGUGCCCUCGGAGGUCUGACCGUGAGUCAGGAGCCAGCGUGCGGGUGGUGAACCAGCUCCUCACCGAGAUGGACGGGCUGCAGAAUCGACAGCAGGUUUUCAUUAUGGCUGCUACAAACAGGCCAGAUAUCAUUGACCCAGCUAUCCUGCGUCCUGGUAGGCUGGAUAAAACACUCUAUGUGGGUUUGCCACCACCUGAAGAUCGACUUGCUAUUCUAAAAACCAUCACCAAAGAUGGCACCAGGCCUCCCCUGGACAGUGAUGUGAGCCUGGAGGAAAUUGCUUACAGUGAGCACUGUGAUUGUUACACAGGGGCAGACCUUUCAGCUCUGGUGCGUGAGGCUUCCAUUUGUGCCUUGAGACAGGAAAUGGCCCUGCAGAAUACUCAAAGCAAAAAGGAAAUCAAGAUUUCUCGUAAACACUUUGAAGAAGCUUUCAGGAAAGUGAAGUCUUCAGUGUCCAAACAGGAUCAAAUAAUGUAUGAAGAGCUGCAGAAGUCACUGUGCAGGUGAUACAUUUGGACAAUACCCAAAAGAGACUCACUACACUGGUGAAGAGUUCUGCAGUGCCUAUUUUCAAGAGGCAAGUUGGAAAGAAGCUGUACUAAAUCUAUCUCUCAACUUUUUAUACUUUUUAUACCUGAAAAAAUGGUCAUCACAAUCUACUGCUCUAAAGCAUCCUUAAUUUAACUGUCUCCAGAAUAAAAGAUACAAUACAUGCUUCCCUCUGAUAACCAUUUACAUUUUCCAAAUGAAUGCUUUUAGUGUUAAAAAGCUAACACCAUUCUGAUCUAUUUGGUGCCCUGAAUCAGAAAUCCCUGAGGCACAGGCCAACCCUUCCAGGUGUUUACACUGCUCAAACAGCUGUUUUCAACCACCAGAGAAAAUUGCUGUUUCCCAGAACAAGGACAGUGAAAUUAGGCUGGGAAAGUGCUGCACUGGAUGUUAUCACACCAUUAAUCAUGCAUUUUCCAAGGACAGUGACACAUGAGUGUGCCAGCACAGGUUCUCUGAGCUGCUAACAGCUUCCUUCCACCUCACCAAAAUAAACUGCCCACAGAUGGCAAGCUGGGAGGGUCAUCUAGGAGAGAGUAAAGUUUGGAAAUUGGAGAAGUGCUAUGAUACUAUGAUUCAACCUAGGAAACAUUUGAGUUAAGAGGUACUUAACAAGCUGGUUCUUAAUUAUUUUCCUUAAACAGAUAUAUUUUCAAAAUUGGGAAGCAUCCAAGUCAAGACAAAACACUGAAAAGUGACAGAUUAUGAAACCUACAAGCCUUCAGGGAAAAACCCAGUGAAACCCCAGUGAAACAGUUUUUGUAAGCAACAUUUAAUCUCCUACUUGAAUUCAUUUAAACAAAUACCCUGAACAACCAGAUCUAACUACAAGACUGACCUUGAUAGAGAAUAGUACCUUACAUCUUAAAUUCUUCUCAGAAUUGCCAGCUAACAAGAAAUCUUGUUGCACCUUUUUACCCAAAGGUACACGUUAUCACAUGUAACUUAGCACCACAGACUUGAAUUUUAAAAAUAUUGAUGAUCAUGGCAGCUUGUUCUUACCACUGGGAUUUUUGCUCAGCAUGGGACAACAUUCCCUCCCUCUCCUAGGGAAGCUGGUGCCUGAGUGACUCAAAUUCUGACUCAUCAGACUAACAAAUUAAGCCCCUGGAUAUAAAGCAGAUGCUGAUUAUGUGCCUGCUUUUAAUUGUAAAUCAGACUUGAAGCUUCAGUGAUGGUUCCCAGAAAUCCAAGAUGAAGCAUCACCAUUUUCAAUCAAUACCAGGUUGGGAGGAAACCUCAAUGAUCAAUGAUCAUCUGGUUCAAGCUUUCUUGGCAAAAAGCACAGUCUAGACAUGAUGGCCCAGCACCCUGUCCAGCUGAAUCUUACAAGUGUCUGCCAUUGAGGAAUCCACCACUUCCCUGGGGAGAUUUUUCACCAUGAGAACAAUCAAAUAAUGGAAUAGUUUUUCCUCAUUUCCAGUUGGAAGCACCCCUUACCCCUCAUCUUUUCCAUGUCACCCCCGUAGAAAGGGAAUCUCCCUCCAUCUUUGUAACCACCCCUAGAACAUAGUGCUAAGUUCUCUCCCUAAGCUUUGUUUUCUCAAGGCUGCACAAACACAGUUCUCUCAGUCUUAGCUCAU